UUUAAAUUAAAUAAAAUGAUACGACAGACAAGAGACAACUUCUGUCAGUUUGCAAUGACAGUUCGCGAGAAAGGUUCGAUAAGAAUGUUUACAAAUUGUCUCAUAAAAGAUAUAUAUAUUUACAUAUAUACAUGACAGAACAAUGGACUGUGAGAAAUAAUUAAUGUCUCUUUAAAUAAUAAUUAUAAAACUUGUACUUUACAUUGUUAUAAGAAAAAUUCAUGUUCCUUGUCUCUCUAUAUAUAAUUUUAUAAAAUUUUAACAAAAUAUUAAAGAGAGAACUUUGUACAUCUUAGGUUAUACCUUGAUUAUUAUUUAAUUAUUAAAAUGACAUCGAUAUUUAAUAUGCGUGUUGGUCUCGUCGCAAGUCGAAGAUUUCCUAUUUCUAAGAGGAUAUAUGCAACAUAUGUUCAAGGGCAAUCUCCUCAGCCUCGUGUGCGGGAGUAUUUUUAUUAUAUCGAUCACCAAGGCAUGUUAUUUCUAGAUGACGUUCGUAUAAGGAAUUUUACAUCUUGUUUUAAAGAUAAAAAAUUCUUGGCAUUCUUCUUUAAACAUCUGAAGAUAAAUUAUACUGGUCGUUACACGGAUGACUUUCCAUUCUUAUCUAUCUGCGGUGUGGAAAGGAACUAUGUGAGAUGUGACGAUCUACCAUUGGUUUUUACAAAAGUCAUCCAGAAAUGUAAUGCAGAAACUAAUGCUGAGGAAGAUUGGUUCAGUUACGCACAUGCAGACGAGUUGUUAAUGGUGCCAUUUGAGCCACAAAAAUUGUUCAUGAACGUUAAUACAGGAAGAGUGUAUCAUCCUGCACCGGAAAAGACAGGUGGAAUCGGCCUGGUGAGGUCGAAUUUAGCUAUCGAAUUCAGCGCUUUCUUCGACUUUGAAAAUGGUCAGGAAAACGCGCCGACACAUUUCACUUGGAAAGAUAAACGAUACGAGCUCAAUACAGUAUGGUAUAAAGAUGUACAUGGAGAAGUGUAAAACCUUAUUAUCUAAGAAUGCUCACGAUGAUAUCAUCUAAGGCAGUCUCCCAAACACAAGUUUUGUCGCUCAACUGCCACAAUUUUAUUGUACCACCCAUAUCACCGGUAGCCAGGUACGCAUUGUCCUCUUCGCUUCCUGUUGCAGCCAGCUCACUAUUCUUAUUCAACGAGCAGCAGAACACCGAAUUAGCUGAAAUGAAAUUAGUCUAAUGUGAGAGUCCAUCUGUCAUCGACGAUUUAUCUCACUCGAAGAUGUAGCUUCUCACCGAAUGAAUGACCACAAAAGACGUA